AAUAAUGUUUGCUCUAUCCAAGACACUCUCCCUUCAUCACAUGAAUAAAUACUAUGUCAAGAUUUUGAAGGAUCUUUCGAUUGUCAAAUAAAUUCCAGCAGGGUCGACUAUUCUGGUCGGAGGUUUUGGACUUUGUGGCAUUCCAGAGAACAGUAUUAAUGCCCUCAAGGAGGCAGGAACAAAGAAUCUCACAGUUGUUAGCAACAAUUGUGGUACUAAUGAUGAAGGUCUUGGGAUUUUAUUGAACAAUGGACAAUUGAAGAGAGUGAUAGCAUCAUAUGCUGGGGAAAACCAUCAUCUGGCUGAGUAAAUGUGUUGUACUAUAGAAGCAAAUACUUUGAUGGGGAAUUGGAACUGGAAUUGAUCCCACAAGGCACUUUGGCAGAAAAGCUCAGAUCUGCAGGUGCAGGAAUCCCAGCAUUUUACACCAGAACUGGUGUAGACACUAUAGUAGAGAAGGGAGGCAUCCCCAUCAAGUAUAAGAAUCACUCGAAGGACUUCCAAGUGGAUAUCGCUUCUUAACCAAAACAUGUAAUUUGUGUUGUAAUCUAAUACAGGUUGAAUAUUUCUAAGGACAGAAAUACAUCAGAGAAGAAGCCAUCCAAGGUGAUUACGCCAUUAUCAAGGCUAGUGUUGCAGACACCAAUGGAAAUCUCAGAUUCGUGGGAACCUCUAGAAACUUUAAUGAAGAUAUGGCCAAGGCUGCAAAGGUAGUGAUUGCUGAAGUUGAAUCUAUCGUACCUCUUGGCUCAUUUGGGUUUGAUCAUGUCCAUGUGAAUGGCAUUUAUGUUGACUACCUCUACUUGGGUAGCAAUUACAAAAAAUCUAUUGAGAGAUUAGUAUAUGAUGAAUCUGUUUAUUAAAGAAAUCCAGGUAUAUUAAUAUAUAUAAAAUUCUUAGAAAAAUUCAAGAAAGCCAAGAACCAAGGUUUGAGAAACAGGAUUGCCAAGAGAGCAGCCCAUGAAUUCAAAGAUGGCAUGUAUGUGAAUUUGGGUAUCGGAAUUCCCACACUUAUUCCUGCCUUCUUGGAUCCACACAUCACAAUCCAUUUCCAUACAGAAAUAGGAGCUGUGGGAGUUGGCAAUUAUCCAUUGGAAGGACAAGAGUUGGGAGACCUGGUUAAUGCAGGAAAAGAGUCCAUCACCUUAAAUCAAGGAGCAUCCACUUUCUCAAGCAGUGAAUCAUUUGGCAUUGUUAGAGGAGGUCAUUUAGAUUUGACUGUUUUGGGAGCCAUGCAAAUCAAUAAAUAAGGUGAUAUCGCCAAUUGGGUUAUUCCAGGAAGAAUGGUUAAAGGAAUGGGAGGUGCCAUGGAUUUGGUAGCUUCUGGUUCCAAAGUCCUUGUGGUUAUGGAACACACCGCCAAAGGGGAAAAGAAGUUCUUAAAAGACAUCACUCUUCCUGCAACUGGACUUAGAAGAGUUGAUUAAGUUAUCACUGGUAAAUUAUUUUGAUAAUUCUUUUUAGACAAGGCUGUGUUUGUUAAGAGAAAUGGUGAAUUAGUCUUGACUGAAAUUGCAGCUGAUACUGAUUUGGAAUGGGUAAGAGCAAACACCGGAUUUGAAUUGACUGUUGCUGAUGAUUUAAAGAAAUUUGAUAUUUGAAUGCACAUAUAAAUCAAUCCUCA